UAUUUUCCGAGCCGUAUGAAUAUUGAGUCACACCGAACCCUGUGGUUCUUGCUAGCCAGCCAGAUCAUCUGCAAGGACUUGUUCUCCUUCCUUCCCAACAGCCAUGUCUUCUUUUCUUCCCGCCUCAGCCGAGUCACUUGAUCUGGCAGUGGAGGCCAAAGACCCGUCUGAGUCCAUCUCCAUUCUUUAUCAGGUACUUGAUGAUCCUUCUUCUUCUCCAGAUGCUCUGCGCAUGAAAGAGCAGGCCAUCACAAACCUCACUGAGCAUCUCAGGGAACAGAAUAGGGCAGAGGAUUUGCACAGCCUUCUUACACAGUUGAGGCCCUUCUUUUCCUUGAUUCCUAAGGCAAAAACUGCAAAGAUAGUGAGGGGCAUAAUUGAUACUGUUGCAAAAAUACCAGGGACUUCUGAUCUACAAAUUACACUAUGCAAAGAAAUGAUGCAAUGGACUCGUGCUGAAAAGCGUACCUUUCUGAGGCAGCGAGUUGAGGCAAGGCUUGCAGCACUUCUGAUGGAAAGUAAAGAUUAUUCUGAAGCUUUGACUCUCCUCAGCGGCCUGGUCAAAGAGGUUAGAAGACUAGAUGACAAGCUUCUACUUGUAGACAUAGACUUGCUUGAAAGCAAGCUACACUUCUCCUUAAGAAACCUUCCAAAGGCAAAAGCUGCUCUCACAGCUGCAAGAACAGCUGCAAAUGCUAUUUAUGUUCCUCCAGCUCAACAAGGUGCCAUAGAUCUACAGAGUGGGAUUCUUCACGCAGAGGAGAAGGAUUACAAAACUGCAUAUAGUUAUUUCUUUGAAGCUUUUGAGUCUUUCAAUGCUCUUGAUGACCCCAAGGCUGUAUUUAGCCUGAAAUACAUGUUGUUAUGCAAGAUUAUGGUGAGUCAAGCUGAUGAUGUGGCUGGAAUCAUAUCUUCUAAAGCUGGCGUGCAAUAUCUUGGGCCUGAUUUGGAUGCUAUGAAAGCCAUUGCAGAUGCUCAUUCUAAGCGAUCUCUGAAGUUAUUCGAAAUUGCUUUGCGAGACUACAAGGCUCAGUUGGAGGAAGAUCCAAUUGUCCACAGGCACCUGUCAUCCCUGUAUGAUUCUCUCAUGGAGCAGAACCUUUGGAGAUUGAUUGAACCAUACGCAAGGGUUGAGAUUGCACACAUUGCUGAACUAAUUAAACUUCCUGUUGAUCACGUGGAGCAAAAGUUGUCUCAGAUGAUUUUGGACAAGAAGUUCGUUGGGACAUUGGAUCAAGGAGCUGGAUGCCUUGUCAUAUUCGAUGAUCCCAAGACUGAUGCAAUAUAUCCUGCAACCUUAGAAACCAUUUUCAAUAUUGGGAAAGUUGUGGACAGUCUUUAUGUUAGGUCUGCCAAGAUAGUGGCAUGAGCACUCCAUCUGGUCACUUCAUUUGGUAUUUGCUGCAAUACUAUAUGUUCUCUUUCACAAUUAGUAGGACACAAGUCGUUUGUUUAUUUUCCAAAUUUGUAAGACUCGGGACAGUUUUUAGCUUCUAAAUUCAUUGAUCCCUAAGCCACUUCAGGGGCCUUUAUUAUUUGUAAUUACAGGCGUGUUGAUGGUUUGAUCUUUGAAAAAUAGUAGGACCAUGCGUCCUUAUUAUAAGGUUCAA